CGACAGUCCAGCGUCAAUCGAGUACACAGCUCUUCAACAUGCAAUAACAGCCUCAACACACCUUGUCUAGAACAUCCACCACCCUCACUGUUCUGCAAAUUUCUUAGCAUCUGAGGCAGGAGUUCAAGUAAACCAUGGAAGCACCCUCAGACGUUAUUCGUGAUGCAGCCAUCGUCGAGGGCGUUAAGGACAUCGCUUUUGGCAGUAUAGCCGGCAUGGUCUCAAAAGUCUUCGAACACCCAUUCGAUCUCUGCAAGGUGCGGUUGCAGGCUCAAGUCCUCGACGAGACGGCACGUUUCAAUGGACCUAUGGACUGUCUAAUGACGACGUGGAGAAAGGAGGGACUGCGAGGAUUGUAUCGCGGCCUUCCGGCGCCGGUGGUCGGUGCCAUGGCAGAAAAUGCCACUCUCUUCCUAGUUUACGGCCAACUUCAACGAUUAUGUCGCUGGUGGUCAGGUGCCGCCUUGAAUGAGUUCUCAACCGGGCAAUUAAUGUUUUCCGCCGCUGGUGCCGGUGCAGUUACAAGCUUCGUGUUGACUCCAAUAGAACUAGUAAAAUGUAAAAUGCAAGUCCAACUUCUCGCUCAGGAGGCUUCGAAUCCAGCAGUCGCGCUACAACAGCUAGAGAGUGCAGGCGCGGGAGCGGCGAUACUCGGUGCUGCUUCCCCUGGUCAUCCAAAGAAACCCAAUUUCAGCGCUCUCCCAGGGCCAAUAUCCGUCCUACGCACCGUUCUCAGGACACAUGGUCUACGUGGUCUAUGGCUUGGUCAAACAGGGACAUUAAUCCGUGAAACAGGCGGUGCCGUUGCGUGGUUCGGUACAAAGGAGGGCGUUUGCGAGUUCCUCUUACGUCGUCGAGCACGUCUGCAGGGCCCUCUAGAUCAAACUGAAAGGAAGUUAACGAGCAAGGACCUUCACGCUUGGGAAAGCGCAGUGGCAGGUGCAUUUGCAGGCGUAUCAUACAACGUCGUACUAUUCCCUGCCGACUCUGUAAAGAGUGCCUUACAAACAGCCGAGGAACUACGCCCUGCCAACGGACAUUCAAAAGCUGGUGCUGCUGGAAAGACUCUACAUGUCCCGUCACCAACGUUCUGGGGCACUGCACGCGAAAUGUACGCGUCUAAGGGCAUACGCGGGCUGUACGCUGGAAUGGGCAUCACUACGGCACGCGCAAUUCCGAGUAGUGCUAUGAUUUUCUUGAUUUAUGAUGGAUUGAGCAAGAGGUUUGGGUAGGAAAUAUGUGGAAAGAGAAAUAUAUAUAAUAUAGAGCUUUCUUGGAUGUAAAUAUAAUUCCAUAGCCAUUAUGCACA